GCAUUAACAAAUUUGAUUAUUUAAAUUUUCUUACUCUUAAUAUGUCUAUAAGAUACAUACAUAAUUACAUAUGUAUGUUGUGCUUGCAAACAUAUCAUUUUUGAAGAGUAAGUAGUUUGAAAAAUUGAAAGUGUUGCAGUUUAAGAGCUAUAACUCCUUCAAGAUUUUAAUUUUGUAUAUAAAGUUAACAAAUUUUACGAUUUAGUUAUCAAUUUCAGUUGAGCUCUCAUCGAAUAUUCACUAAAAAAAACUUAAACUAAACAAAGCUAAACAUGAAGGUUUUCGUAUGUUUGUUAGCCCUUUGCGCAGUUGCCAAUGCCGGUUUCUUAGGAGGUGGCGGCGGUGGUGGUGCUGGUGGUUGGUCCAGCGGUGGUGGUAGCAGUGGAGGCUGGUCUAGCGGUGGUGGUGGUGGCGGCUUCUCUGCUGGUCCCGUUAAAAUUAUUAAAGUCAUUUCCGAAGGUGGAUCUGGCGGUCAUGGUGGUGCCGGCGCUGGUGGUUGGUCUUCAGGAGGCUCCGGCGGUUUCGGCGGCGGCUAUGGUGGCGGCCAUGGCGGUGGUUAUGGCGGUGGUCAUGCCGGUGGUGAUGUUCAAAUCAUUAAAGUCAUUUCCCAAGGUUCCUCCGGUGGCGGCCAUGGCGGUAGUGGUGGUUGGUCUUCUGCACCUGCUCCCGCUCCAGCUCCUGUUAAAAUCAUCAAGGUCAUCUCUGAAGCUGCUCCCUCUGGUGGUGCUGGCGGUUGGUCAUCUGGCGGUGGUGCUGGUGGUUGGUCCGCUGGCGGUAGUGGUGGCUGGUAAAUCCGUUACCUCUUCAUUGCCCAUUCCUGAAACUCGAUUGUUUAGUUAGCUUUGUGAUAUUUUUUUUUACUGAAACAUCGAAAUCGACCAUUUGUUAUUGUUAUUAUAUCUCACUUCAUUUUUGAAGUUCUAUCAUUUUCACACUCUAUUAGUUAAAUAAAGCUCUUUUU